AUGGCGUCCACGUCCGGCGCCGGAGGUCAGGAGUCAGUCGGCACGCCGUCGGCGUUGGCUCGGAGGCCAUCCCGUAGUGCUGCGAUGACGCAGUUUUCCAUGGAAGUUUUUGAUACGGAGGUAGUUCCUUCUUCGCUCCAGUCAAUAGCUCCAAUCCUCCGCGUGGCCACAGAAAUCCAGAGCGAGCGCCCUCGCGUCGCCUAUCUAUGUCGGUUCUAUGCUUUCGAAAAAGCGCAUAGGUUGGAUCUAACUUCCAGUGGUCGUGGUGUAAGGCAAUUCAAAACAGGGCUUCUACAGCGUUUGGAACGGGACAAUGCAACGAGUCUUGCUGCCCGCGUUAAGAAGACCGACGCUAGAGAAAUCGAAAGUUUUUACAAGCAAUAUUAUGAGCACUAUGUUGUGGCCCUCAACAAGGGGGAGCAAGCAGAUAGAGCUCAGCUUGGGAAAGCUUAUCAGACUGCUGGAGUUCUUUUUGAAGUUCUUUGUGCAGUUAACAAGACUGAAAAAGUUGAGGAAGUUUCUGCCGAGAUCAUGGCUGCGGCCAAUGACGUCCAAGCCAAGAAGGAGAUUUAUGCUCCUUACAAUAUUCUUCCUCUGGAUUCUGCAGGGUCAUCACAGUCCAUUAUGCAGCUUGAUGAGGUUAAAGCAUCCGUUGGUGCUCUCUGGAACACUAGAGGCUUAACUUGGCCUGCUCAGUUUGAGCAGCAAAGACAGAAAUCUGGGGAGUUGGACCUUCUGGAUUGGCUGAGAGCCAUGUUUGGUUUUCAGAGGGAUAAUGUAAGAAAUAAAAGGGAGGAUCUGAUUUUACUCCUGGCCAAUAUCCACACAAGGCUAGUUCCCAAGCCCGAGCCACUGAACAAGCUAGAUGAUCGUGCAGUAGAUGCACUCAUGAACAAGCUUUUCAAAAAUUACAAAACCUGGUGCAAGUAUUUGGGAAGAAAGCACAGCUUACGGCUCCCUCAAGGCCAGCAAGAGGUGCAACAAAGGAAAAUCCUUUACAUGGGUCUCUAUCUUCUUAUUUGGGGUGAAGCUGCCAAUCUUCGCUUCAUGCCAGAGUGUUUGUGCUACAUAUUUCAUAAUAUGGCUUAUGAGCUGCAUGGUCUUUUGGCUGGCAAUGUCAGCAUUGUCACUGGAGAAAAUAUCAAACCUUCUUAUGGUGGGGAUGAUGAAUCUUUCCUCAGAAAGGUCAUCACACCAAUUUAUCGAGUAAUUGAAAAGGAAGCAGCUAAAAGCAAGAAUGGGACAGCACCACAUUCAGACUGGUGCAAUUAUGACGAUUUGAACGAGUAUUUCUGGUCAUCUGAUUGCUUCUCUUUGGGUUGGCCAAUGCGUGAUGAUGAUGAUUUCUUUAAAUCAACACGAAACUUGUCACAGGGAAAAGGAACAUCUACGAUAUCAAAAAAACCUGGGAAAACAGGGAAAUCCUUCUUUGUUGAGACCAGGACAUUUUGGCAUACCUUCAGGAGUUUCGACCGUCUGUGGACCUUUCAUAUACUUGCGCUUCAGGCCAUUGCAAUAAUUGCAUGGAGCGAUGUGUCCUUACUAAACAUUUUCGGGAAAGACAUGUUGUAUAAGCUUUCCAGCAUUUUCAUCACUGCAGCAUUACUACGUUUCCUUCAGAGCAUGCUGGACCUUAUUUUAAACUUUCCAGGAUACCACAGAUGGAAAUUUACAGAUGUGUUCAGGAAUAUUCUGAAGAUUAUUGUCAGUCUUGCAUGGUCCAUUAUACUUCCUCUCUGUUAUCUCCUUGAUGAGAAAAACUCAAGGUUCUCAUUUGGAAACCUGAAAAAUGUGUUAUCCUUCCUCGAUAAAGUGAAGGGAAUUCCUCCUUUAUAUCUGAUGGCAGUGGCUAUAUACCUUGUACCAAACUUGCUAGCAGCAGUUUUGUUUGUCUUUCCUAUGCUUCGGAGAUGGAUUGAGAACUCGGAUUGGCUUAUAGUAAGGUUUUUGCUCUGGUGGUCACAGCCAAGAAUCUAUGUGGGAAGGGGAAUGCACGAAAGUCAAUUUGCACUCAUAAAGUAUACUCUCUUCUGGGCGAUACUUCUGUGCUGCAAGUUCUCUUUUAGCUACUUUGUCCAGGUUAAACCUCUGAUAAAGCCGACGAAAGACAUAAUGGACAUUCGUCGUGUGCAAUAUGCUUGGCACGAAUUUUUCCCUAAUGCAAGGCAUAACUAUGGAGCGGUUAUUGCACUUUGGGCUCCUGUGCUAUUGGUCUAUUUUAUGGAUGUGCAAAUCUGGUAUGCCAUUUUUUCAACCCUGUGCGGUGGUAUUAUCGGAGCGUUUGAUCGUCUGGGCGAGAUUCGCACCCUGUCCAUGCUUAGGUCAAGGUUCCAGUCUUUACCUGGUGCCUUCAAUGCUUAUUUGGUGCCUUCGAGCGUAACCAAGAAAAGGGGCUUUUCCCUGUCUAAGCGCUUCGAUGAGGUUACUGCAAGUAAGCGAAGUGAAGCUGCAAAAUUUGCUCAAUUGUGGAAUGAAGUUAUAUGUAGUUUCCGUGAAGAAGAUCUCAUUAGCGACAGGGAGAUGGAUCUAUUACUUGUUCCAUAUUCCUCAGAUCCUAGUCUAAAAUUAAUUCAGUGGCCACCAUUUCUGCUUGCCAGCAAAAUUCCUAUUGCACUUGAUAUGGCAGCACAGUUCAGAUCAAAAGAUGCGGACCUCUGGAAGCGCAUUUGUGCUGAUGACUAUAUGAAAUGCGCUGUUAUAGAAUGCUAUGAAUCUUUCAAACUUGUUCUGAGUGCCUUAGUUGUUGGGGAAACUGAGAAAAGGGUUAUCAGAAUCAUCAUCAAGGAAGUUGAGAAUAACAUUUCAAAAGGCACGUUCCUUGCGAAUUUCAGGACAGGUCAUCUUCCUCAACUUGUGAACAAGUUCAUCGAGCUUGCAGAGAUAUUGAAAGAUGCUGAUCCAUCUAAGGAAGGUUCUGUGGUUUUCAAAUUACAAGACAUGUUAGAAGUGGUUACGCGGGACAUGAUGGUCAAUGAAAUUCGGGAGUUGGUAGAACUUGGACAUACAAGCAAAGAUUCUGGAAGGCAGCUAUUUGAAAAGUCAGCUAUAGUCUAUCCUCCCCCGGUCACAGCACAAUGGGAGGAACAGAUCCGGCGCCUCUAUCUUCUUUUAACUGUAAAAGAAUCUGCCAUUGAUGUCCCGACAAACCUUGAAGCAAGGCGAAGGAUAUCAUUUUUUGCUAAUUCAUUGUUCAUGGAUAUGCCCCGAGCGCCUCGAGUUCGCAAAAUGCUAUCAUUCUGUGUCAUGACUCCCUACUACAGUGAGGAGACGGUCUUCUCCAAAAGUGACCUCGAACUGGAAAAUGAAGAUGGUGUUUCAAUUAUAUACUACCUUCAGAAAAUUUAUCCAGACGAAUGGAAUAACUUCCUUGAACGCCUCAAUUGUAAUGAGUUUGAAGUCUGGGAAAAUGAGGAAAACAUAUUGCAACUUCGUCACUGGGCUUCCUUGAGGGGACAAACACUGAGCAGAACAGGUUCCAAAAUAACUACAUCCACUACUGGCUGCCUACUUUCCUUUUUCUCUCAAAACCUUCAUUUUUGGCUCAUUGCUUCUAUCCUGAUUGCAGUCCGAGGGAUGAUGUACUACAGAAGGGCAUUGAAGCUUCAAGCAUAUCUUGACAUGGCAACAGAAAAAGAGAUACUUGAUGGAUACCGAGCGGUUACUAUGCCAACGGAACAUGAUAAGAAAAGUCAGAGAUCUAUUUAUUCCCAACUUGAUGCGAUAGCCGAUAUGAAGUUCACAUACGUUGCUACCUGCCAGAACUACGGAAAUCAGAAGAGAAGUGGAGAUCGCCGAGCAACUGAUAUUUUGAAUUUGAUGGUCAACAAUCCUUCACUGCGUGUUGCAUAUAUCGAUGAAGUUGAAGAAAGGGAAGGUGGAAAAGUGCAGAAAGUUUAUUAUUCUGUGUUGGUAAAAGCUGUUGAGAAUCUUGAUCAGGAAAUCUAUCGCGUCAAACUACCAGGUCAAGCAAAAUUGGGAGAGGGAAAGCCUGAAAAUCAGAAUCAUGCUAUAGUUUUUACUAGAGGGGAAGCUCUCCAAACAAUUGAUAUGAACCAGGACAACUACUUGGAAGAAGCAUUUAAAAUGCGUAACUUGCUUGAGGAAUUUAAUGAGGAUCAUGGUGUUCGCCCACCAACAAUUCUUGGUGUGCGUGAACACAUCUUCACUGGAAGUGUUUCAUCGUUGGCUUGGUUUAUGUCAAAUCAAGAAACAAGUUUCGUCACGAUCGGCCAAAGAGUUCUAGCAAGACCCUUAAAGGUUCGGUUCCAUUAUGGACAUCCUGAUGUUUUCGACAGAAUAUUUCACAUAACCCGUGGUGGUAUUAGUAAGGCUUCAAGAGGUAUAAAUCUCAGUGAAGACAUAUUCGCGGGGUUCAAUUCUACCCUGAGACGUGGAAAUAUCACUCACCACGAGUAUAUCCAAGUUGGGAAGGGACGAGAUGUUGGUCUGAACCAGAUCUCCCUUUUUGAAGCGAAGGUGGCAUGUGGUAAUGGGGAACAGACUCUCAGCCGUGACAUAUACAGACUUGGCCAUCGUUUUGACUUUUUCCGCAUGCUGUCCUGCUACUACACGACUACAGGAUUUUAUGUCAGCUCAAUGAUUGUGGUUCUUACAGUGUAUGCUUACUUGUAUGGCAAGCUGUAUCUUUCACUGAGUGGAUUGGAGAAGUCCAUUAUUAAGAUUGCAAGAUCCAGGGGUGAUGAUGUUUUGGGUGCUGCCAUGGCUUCACAAUCUGUUGUCCAACUUGGUCUUUUGAUGAUGUUGCCCAUGGUUAUGGAGAUGGGACUGGAGAGGGGAUUUAGAACUGCAGCUGGUGAUGUAAUAAUAAUGCAACUUCAGCUGGCAUCUGUUUUCUUUACGUUUUCUCUUGGAACCAAGCUUCACUACUUUGGACGUACAAUUUUGCAUGGAGGGGCUAAAUACAGGGCAACAGGGCGUGGAUUUGUUGUAAGACAUGAGAAGUAUGCAGAGAAUUACCGAAUGUACUCAAGAAGCCACUUUACAAAAGCACUUGAACUGAUGAUUUUGCUCAUAGUAUAUCAGAUAUAUGGUUCAGCUGCAACUGACACUGGAACAUACAUCUUUCUUACAUUUUCACUGUGGUUCCUUGUUUGCUCGUGGCUGUUUGCUCCAUUUCUCUUCAAUCCCUCUGGCUUUGAGUGGCAGAAGAUUGUUGAAGAUUGGGAUGACUGGGUCAAGUGGAUCACAAACCAUGGAGGCAUUGGGGUUCCUGCUAACAAAAGUUGGGAAUCCUGGUGGGAAGAGGAACAAGAGCACCUACAGCACACUGGUUUACUCGGGAGGUUCUGGGAAAUCAUACUUUCCCUGCGCUUCAUAAUGUACCAGUAUGGUAUCGUAUAUCAUCUGCAUGUUGCCAACGGAGACAAAAGUAUCAUUGUCUAUGGCCUGUCUUGGCUGGUCAUUGUAGCAGUGAUGAUAAUUCUGAAGGUCGUGUCAAUGGGGAGGAAGAAGUUUAGUGCAGAUUUCCAGCUAAUGUUCCGACUUCUCAAGAUGUUUUUGUUUAUUGGGUUCAUCGUAACUCUGGGGAUCAUGUUCACUUUUCUGAGUCUCACAGUUGGUGAUAUUUUUGCGAGCUUGCUGGCUUUCUUGCCCACAGGAUGGGCUCUUCUUCAGAUAGCACAAGCGUGCAGACCCUUAGUGAAGGGGUUGGGAAUGUGGGGAUCUGUGAGAGCUUUGGGAAGAGGAUAUGAGUACAUAAUGGGAAUAGUCAUCUUCAUGCCGGUUGCUGUGCUGGCAUGGUUCCCCUUUGUGUCAGAAUUCCAGACCAGACUGCUGUUCAACCAAGCCUUCAGCAGAGGACUUCAAAUCCAAAGGAUUCUUGCUGGUGGAAGGAAACCUGUUGGCAAAAAGCACAAGUAG